AUGGCUAUUGCUCCAAUUACAGGUACAUUAAAGAGAAAAAUCAUUACUGAUAUUUCCGUUGGUUUCGCAUGUGGCUUUAUUUUAGCUACUGGAUACUGGUAUGUCGAACACAAGCCAUUGAUUGUCAAGAGAGAAGCAUACUACGCUAAAUUGAAGGCACAACAAGAAGCUGAAGAUUCUGCUUAG